AUGAGACUGCAGGCUGGUUCACACACAAACAGAAAAAUGAGAGCAAAGCUGAGAGGAGGAUUAGAAAGAAGUGAAGACAGAAAACAUGAAAAUCUGGAGCCGGAGCAGCAGACUGUAAACAGAAGAGAAAGUGAACGUCACCUCUUAACCAACAAACCUGCUUUAGAAAUCAUUACAACUCAAAUCAAAGAGAAAAAUCACAAUGAAUGA